AUGAACAACUCUACAGAACCAAACAACGGCGACUUUGAAAAGGCUGGGACAGCCUAUGCCAUCUCACUGAUUGUUAUCAACGCCUGCAGCUCCCUUGUUGCUUGCGUUUUGAACUUCUUGAUCAUUUUGACUUUUAUAACGACGCCAUCAAUGCGAGCACCUUCGAAUAUACUUAUUCUUUGUUUAGCCAUUGCUGACUUUGGUGUUGGUGCUGUUUUGCAGCCGGUAUAUUGUGUAGAAUUGUUUGCCAAAAUGAAAGCAUACGAAUCAAUGUUUUAUACGACCUUGAAGGUGCGAGCAGGAAGUUCAUUUGUAUUACUGGCUUCAUCUUUGCUAACAAUYACUGCCAUUACCAUCGACCGAUUCCUUGCUCUUCACUUGCAUCUGAGAUAUCAAGAACUCGUUACAACAAAGAGGUCGUGUAUAGUUGUGAUUGUUAUUGUUACAAUAAGUCCGUUUGUGUUUUUUGCUGAAUUUUCUCCUGCUGUCAGAAUAUUUUGUGUUUCGGGUUUAGUGGUUCUCUCGAUACUKGACGUUCUCCUAAUGGUGAAACUUUCUCGAACUGUAAGGAAACAUUUAGCAAGCAUCCAUACACAAGAGCAAUCAGUACAGAACAGCUUAAACCUUCCACGAUACAAGAAGACUGUGAACACAAUGUACUAUAUCAUGGGAGCAUUUGCGUUUUGUUACAUCCCCUUSACUGCAACAAAUAUUGCAUAUAUUACAGGACCAUACGAAGCAUUACCGAUKCAUUAUCGACGAUUAUUAGAUAUUACAUUGGAUGUAACCAACACACUAAUGUUUAUAAACAGUUCUUUGAAUCCAGUCAUCUACUUCUGGAGAAUACAAGACAUGCGAAAUGCUGUCAUGCAGCUGUUUCUAAACAUUCAAUGCCUAAACUAA